AUGCUUUCCCCCUGUAGCCAAGAGGAUCAGUAUCAAUGUGGACAGGAGUUCGCGAGUCCGCUCGCUAGUAUUGAUGAGGAGCAUCUCAUGUCAGACGAUUCACCAAAAGAGCAUUCGUCUGCCAGACAUGCCCCUAAUCCUCCUAAACUUGAUGUACUCGAUCUGGCAGCUUCUGUCAGUGGGAUGAAACUCUCAAGCGCUAGAUCAACUCUACAGACGCCCAAUUCGACAUUAUGUUCAAACGGCAUUACUGGAAAGAGAUGUUUGAAUGCCUCACUGCGGCACACGCUUGCAACAUUGUACACUCCGGCCUCAUUCAAGCCUACCAACUUUGUUCUCGUCCGAGGACGCUUGAAGAUCAUUGUCUUGAGCAUCGCGAACCUAAUUGGCGACGACACCGUGAAUGUACGUCGCGACCACCAAAUAGUUACACCCAACUAUAUGGUCCCAGAAGCUUUGCUCGACAACAGCUCCAGAGGGGACAAUUCUUUAGGCACCGGUGAGAUGUUGAUCCAAGGUCGGAAAACCCAGCGAUAUCUGGAGCUUGGGCUGCAUAUUAUAUCAAAUAAACAUACGGGAGAGCUCCGCUCGGCCAAAUACCAAAUCAUCUGCAUUGAUUGGCGGAGUCAAGUUUCCAGCUGGCAUCAUCCAAGCCUUGCAAGCAUGCUUGAGGCGGGGGCAAAAGCUGCGUCUGACCACAGACGAUCUUCUCUUCCCGUCCGACGAAUUCCUAUCGCUCGGUAA